AUCAAAACAGUGAAAGAAUUUUUAACAUAGCAAUACACGGAUUACAUGCCUAAAUAAUUUAAGCAAUAUUUUAAAAAAAUUCUAUUAACAUGUGGGCAGAUACUAUUUUAAUUGUAUUUAUUAGUAUCUGUACAGCUUUAUUAGGAGAAGGUUUAACAUGGUUAAUGGUUUAUAGAACAGAAAAAUAUAAAAAACUGAAGGCCGAAGUAGAAAAACAAAGUAAAAAGUUGGAAAAAAGAAAGGAAGCACAUGGUGAUUCGCUGGAUAAACAACAGAAGAAAAAAAUUGAACGAGAGGAAGAACGAUUAAAAAAUAAUAAUAGAGAUUUGUCUCUUGUGAAGAUGAAAUCAAUGUUUGCAAUUGGAUUUGCAUUUACUGCUCUGCUCAGUAUGUUUAAUAGCAUUUUUGAUGGUAGAGUAGUAGCAAGGUUACCAUUUGUUCCAAUAAGUUGGAUACAAGGUUUAUCACAUAGAAACCUUCCUGGCGAUGAUUAUACAGAAUGUUCGUUUAUCUUUCUCUAUAUACUAUGCACUAUGAGUAUCAGACAGAAUAUUCAAAAGAUGCUUGGAUUUGCCCCAUCCAGAACUGCAAGUAAACAAAGUGGAAGUAUUUUUGGUCCUCCCCCUCAACAAUUUAAAUAAAUUAUUUUACAUAAUUUAUGGUUGAUUAUAUAAUUAUUAUUUAAAUUUUGAUGACGUUUUGUAAAA